GUGUUGGCAAGCUCGUUUAGUUGAGUCAAUUCCGGAAAAAAAAAUAACUGGAUAAAUAAAAAGUCAAAAGAUUAUUAUGAUAAAUUAAAUUGAUUUUUUUCCUUGUAAUAAAAAAUUAACAAACGAUAUUUAAAAAACAAAAAUAUAAAAACCAAAUAAAUAUACAAAUUAUCAUUACAAUAUGUAGAUAAACUAGUUAAUAAUGUCAAUAAAAAUUGUACUAGCUUGAUAAUAAUGUCAUAAUAUUUGAGUACCACAUAUGGAUGUCGAAUAGAAAAUAAGUAACAAUAGUAGCAAAAGAAAAAAAAAAAAAGGAUUUGUGAAUUUAAGAGUUGGCGGUAUGCUUGAAGAUAUAUUAUUGUUAAUUAAUCUUGUGGAAUGAAUGAGGACGAGUUAUUAAAACGAUCCGCUGCUGAGCGUGAUAAAAUAUUUAGUCAAUAUGAUCGUGGAAGAGAAAAUGGUGCUGAAAUUGAUGCCUGGGAAGAUCCUGCAUAUGAAGUUUAUCAUGUCACUGAUAGAUAUGGUUUUAUCCAUGAUAAACGUUUACCAGGUAAAUUGGAUACAAAUGAAAUAAAAAUGAAACUUGUAGAAAUGGAAAGAGUUAAAAAAUGGGAAAAAAUGACAACACAAUGGAAUAGUCAAGUAACUAAAGAAAAAUUAAAACGUAGAAUAUACAAAGGUAUACCAGAUAGAUUUCGUGGUAAAGUUUGGUGUUUAUUAUUGGGUGUACAAAAAUUAAAAGAUGAUAAUCCAGGUAAAUAUGAAGAAAUGUUAAAAAUUGCAAGACAAUGGUCAACUGAAAUACGACAAAUUGAUGCUGAUGUUGCAAGACAAUACAGAGAUCAUAUUGACUACAGAGAAAGAUACAGCAUAAAACAAAGAUCAAUGUUUUUCGUAUUGUCUGCGUACAGUAUGUAUAAUUCACAAGUUGGUUAUUGUCAAGGGAUGUCAGUAUUGGCUGGUUUAUUAUUACUAUAUAUGAAUGAAGAAGAUGCAUUUUGGGGUCUAACUGUUUUACUUGCUGAUAAAAAAUACAGCAUGCAUGGUUUUUAUGUUGAUGGAUUUCCAAAGCUAAAUCGUUUUAUUGAACAUCAUGAUAAAAUAAUGAAUAGAUUUCUUCCAAAAUUAAAAAAAAAACUUGAUAAAUGUGGAUGUGAUUCAAUUCUUUAUGCACUUAAAUGGUUUUUUGUUGUAUUUCAAGAAAGAACACCAGUUAGUCUUGGACUUCGUGUUUGGGAUGUAUUUAUUCUUGAUGGUGAUAGAGUAUUAUCAGCAAUGGCAUAUACUAUUAUGAAAAUACAUAAACGUUAUUUAAUGCAACUUGAUUCACUUGAUGAAUUUUGUAAUUAUUUACAAAUUAAAAUUGAAAAAGAUUUUCGUUUUGAUGAUGAUACUGUUAUUAGUUCAAUGGAAAAAAAUCAAGAAGAAUUAAAACGUGCUAAAUUAGAUUAUCCUGGACCACCGUUACCCCAUGAAUUGCCAAGUUUUCCAUUUGGAAUAUUUAAAGAGCCAUCAUUUACAAAUAAAGUUGGCAUAAGAGCUGAAGAAUUUACAGAAGCUCAAGCAGUACUUCGUGAAUCAGUUGCAUUACGUCGUGAUAUGGCAGCAUCUGAUGAUAAUGAAAAUAGUCCACCACCACAUGAUCCACCAUCUGGUAGUGAAAUGGGUGGUAGUAAAUUUUCAUUUGAUCCAAGUAUGGAUGAUGGUGGUUCACCAAAUGGUUCACGUCGUUCACUUGCUAAUACAUCAGUAACAUCAACUGCUGAUUUAUCUGUAUUUAGUACAGCAACACGUUCACAAGCACUUGAUAAUAGUCUUGAUACACAAAGUAAUAUGUCUGCUGGUAGUUCUGAAUCAAAUGGUGCACCAACACCACGUGCAACACCAUUUGAACAAAAUGCCAUUAGAAUAAAUGUACCAUAUCCAUCAUACUCAACAAGUUUAUACAAUGAUAUUGGACAAAGAACAUUACCAGGAUCACUUGAAACACAACAUAAAAUAUGUAUUAAAAUUGAUUCUGAUGAUACACCAACUGUUGAAAAUCUUAAACCAUUCACACUUGAGAAUCAAGAAUUUGAAUUUGAUUUAAAAUAAUUAUAUAAUUCAUUAUUUUUUUAUUUAUCAAAUAUAAAAGACGUUUAUAUAAAUUUAUUAUUUAAAGGAGGGGUUUAAAAAAGUCUCAAAAGAAAAAUCAAAAUAACAAAAAUACAACAACCCCAACGAAUUAUGAAAUUUAAAAAAUAUAAUUAACAAAAAAAAUACUCAACUUUAUUUCAUUACUUGAUUAACAAAAAUCAACGAGUUAAAAAUACAUAAUUACUUCUAUUUUUUAAUUUAUCAAAUCUCAAUUGUCGAAAAUUUAAAAAACAAUUUAUAGAAAUGGAAAUACAAUAAAAAAAAAAAGAAAUAUAUUAUAUUGUAAAAAAAUAUUAAUACUCUUCGAAUUAUUACGAAAAUUGUUCAAAUUGUAAAAAAAAUAAUAAAUAAAAGAGAUAAAUAAUACGAUAAUAAUAAACGUUGAUAAAAAAAAUUCGUUAAAAUGAAUUUAAUUAUAACGUAGUUGAUGUAUAGAAGUGUUUAAAAAAAAAAAACGACAGUAUUUGAUGACACAAAAAUAAAAGAGAAUAAUUAACAGUUAAAUUUGAUGAAAAAAAAAAACAUAAUAUUAAAUUAUUAAUUAAUAGCAAUAGAGAGUUGAUAUUAACAUCGAUAUUUUAAAUGUAAUUUAAUUAUAUAUAAUUAUUUUUCAAGCCAGUGUUGGUUUUUGAAAAUUUUAUUUAUCAGAAAGCAAAGUAAAAAAGAAGAAAAAAUGAGUUCAACCAUGACAAAAUGUCAUAUGAAUAUUAUUUAAAUUUAUUUUUUUAAUUUCGUCUUUUUAAUUUUUUUUAAAAAAAUAAUAAUAAAUAUUCUUUUAUUGUAAUGAUAUGUGGCAAUAUAUAUUUUCUGAGUGAUAAGAAAGAAAAA